AUCAGUUUAUCAUACACACAUACACACUCAUCGUCGUCACUCACCAACCAUUACCAAUUACCAACAAACGCGAGCACAGAGUUUUGAGCUCCCAUGGCGGCCUCGUCGAUGACUCUGUCAAAUCCAAAGUCGCUCUCAGCUCAACCACCGAGAUUUUAUCAGAUCAAUUCCUCCGCUCUCACAUCUACUUCUUUCCGAUUUGGUACCAAAUCCGCCUUCGAUUCAAUCUCGUUUUCGUCUUCAACUCCCUUCUCCGCCUCAUCGCUCCUCCUUCAUACGUCUUCUCCCAAAAGAAACCACCGCUGCUUCUCGGUUCAAUCGAAUGCUGAGCUUGUUGCCGAGCCCCAAUCUAAAAUCACUCACAAGGUGUAUUUCGAUAUAAGUGUUGGAAAUCCAGUGGGCAAGUUAGCUGGGAGGAUUGUCAUUGGAUUGUAUGGUGAUGAUGUUCCCCAAACUGUGGAGAACUUCCGUGCUCUAUGCACCGGUGAGAAGGGAUUUGGCUACAAGGGUUCAACAUUCCAUCGUGUCAUCAGAGAUUUCAUGAUUCAGGGAGGAGAUUUUGAGAAGGGCAAUGGAACUGGAGGUAAAAGUGUAUAUGGCAGUAGAUUCAAGGAUGAGAAUUUCAAGUUAUCCCAUGUCGGACCAGGAGUGCUAAGUAUGGCAAAUGCUGGUCCUAAUACAAAUGGAAGUCAGUUCUUCAUCUGCACUGUGAAGACUUCAUGGUUGGACGGAAGGCAUGUGGUGUUUGGGCAAGUAAUUGAAGGAAUGGAAGUGGUGAAGCUGAUAGAGGAACAAGAGACAGACAGAGGAGACCGUCCCAGAAAGAAAGUGGUCAUAGCAGACUGUGGUGAACUUCCAAUGUCUGAAGCUUAAGUAAAAGAUCUAAAUACCAAAACCUUGUAGACAUGAGAUGGAUCAUAUCUGUUUGCAUUUUACACGCUUUCUUUUGUGAAAUGGAUUGUAUCCCUUUACAUCAGUGCAAAAAUUAAAAAGUAUUCCGCUGC